AUGUACUCUGUGGUUGAUAGUCAAAAAGGUUCGAAUUCAAUCCACUUUCAAGAUAAUUUAUAUCGAUUACAAAAAUGUAAUAAAAAUGGCAGUACUCGAUGGGUUUGCACGAAUCGAUAUUGUUCAUCAUCUAUUACGAUAAGAAAUGAAAUAAUACAGAGUCAAAGAGGAAAACACAAUCAUACUAACGUUAAACGUUCAGUUUCUAUUAUCAAAGCUGUGAAAGCUAUGAGACAAGAAGUUCGUAAUAACAUUUCGAAACCAGUCACUCAAAUUUAUAGCGAAUUUCUAUCUGAAUAUAAACAUAUGAAUGGAACUGCUGAAUCAGUGCCUAUUUUUGAUAUGCUUCGAUCAACACUUUAUCGUGAUAGAUCAAUUGUUUUACCGAAGUAUCCAACAUGUAUACGAGAUUUAGUUGUACCAGCUGAUUUUAUGAACAAUCUAUAUAAUGAACCGAUGUUGUUUUGUGAUGAAACAGAACCAACACGAAUAUUAGGGUUUUGUUCAUUAAGUGCUAUGAAAGAACUUGGUAUAAAGAUAAUUCAUUCACUUUUAUAUGAUUUAAUGAAUAAAAAAAAAUCAUUAAUUGAUGUUUGUCAAAUAUUUAUAGCACAAUGCAAUAUUUGGAAUUCAGAUGGUACAUUUAAAACUGCACCCAAACUAUUUGGACAAGCAUAUACAAUACAUGUUCAUAAUGAAUUUUCUAUGAAACCAGUAUUGUUUGCGGCUUUAGAAGAUAAAAGCGAAGUGACUUAUUUAAGACUUCUUCAAUCAUUAAUUCAAUAUGCACAAUGUAAUGGCUUUACAUUAUCUCCAUCAUCUAUACUAAUUGAUUUCGAAAUGGCAGCAUUUAAUGCAUUCCGAAUAAUUUUUCCAAAAGCAAAAAUAAUUUUCUGCCAUUUUCAUUUCGCUAAAAAUAUCAUGAAGCAUUUAAAAAAAUUGCGUAAGUUUAAAAAUGAAUAG